AUGUCUCUGAAGUCAGCAAAAGAGAUAUGGGAUUAUCUCAAGAACAAAUAUGAAGGAGAUGAAAGAAUUAAAAGGAUGCAAGUCUUGAACUUGAUCAAAAAAUUUGAACUUCAAAGAAUGAAAGACUCCAAGAUGAUUAAAGAUUACUCUGACAGGCUUUUUAGUAUAGCAAACAAAGUGAGGCUUUUUGCAUCUGAAUUUACUGACUCAAGAAUUGUAAAAAAAAUUCUUGUUACAGUACCUGAAAGAUAUGAAGCAACCAUCACUACCUUGGAAAAAUACCAAGGAUCUAUCAAAAUUUUUUUAGUAGAAUUGCUUAACACAUUGCAAGCACAAAAACAAAAGAGACUGAUGAAGGAGGACAAUCGAAGGAGCUUUGACAGCCAAGCAUCAAAACGUGGCCAAAAACAAAAAGAAGAAAAAGAAUGA